AUGUCAGAUUGUGAUGUGAAAUCUUUAUGUCAAAUUCAAUCUCAACUACUUCUCUUACCUUUCUUCCAUAUGUCAUUCAUUUUAGGUAGAAAGACAAGACACAAAGUUGCCGUCGUUGAUGCGAGAAUUAUUGAAGUGAUGAUGAUGAAUGCAAGCGUGACUUGUUCAGAAAGCAAAUUUGCAAGAACAACCACACUAACGCUAGUGAUUACAGCACCAUACACAGAGAAUCCAAUAUACUGA